UUCAAUCGAUUCAGUCACCAGCCUCACUCGAGGGACGAACGAGGCCAACGAAACAGUCGGCUGUCAGGUAUUUUUACAUCUUUUUACACCCAGGAGAAAAUAAUUUAAAGAAGAGAUGUUCCAAUCGUCGAGGGAUAUCGUCAAAAACAGCGGGUACAGGAGCCCGUUUUCGGAUGAGAGGUGCCUGGUCCCAGGGCGGAGGCUGGCGGCGGCGGCCACCCCUACCAUGCAGCCGGGCGACUCCUGCGAGUUCGGUUCCAACAAAUACUUCCUCCUAUGCGGCCUCGGUGGCAUCCUCUCCUGCGGCCUGACCCACACGAUGGUCGUCCCUCUCGACCUGGUCAAAUGCAGGCUCCAGGUCGAUCCGGCCAAGUACAAGAACCUUUUCCACGGUUUCAAGGUCACCGUGGCCGAGGACGGCAUGAGGGGACUUGCGAAAGGAUGGGCGCCGACUUUCUACGGCUACUCAAUGCAGGGCGCUUGCAAGUUCGGAUUCUACGAGUACUUCAAGGUCUUGUACUCUGGUAUACUGGGCGAGGAGAACUCCUUCCUGUGGAGGACUUCACUUUACUUGGCCGCAUCCGCCUCAGCUGAGUUCUUCGCCGACAUCGCCCUCAGCCCGAUGGAAGCGGUUAAAGUCAAGAUCCAGACGACGCCCGGCUUCGCCAACACGCUCAGAGAAGCCGUGCCAAAAAUGAUGAGAGAGGAAGGCAUGAACGCUUUCUUCAAGUCCCUCGUGCCGCUCUGGUGCAGGCAGAUCCCUUACACUAUGAUGAAGUUCGCCUGCUUCGAAAGGACUGUUGAACUCCUUUACAAAUUCGUCGUGCCCAAGCCGAGGGAUCAGUGUUCCAAGGGCGAACAGCUCGUCGUCACGUUUGCAGCUGGUUACAUAGCCGGCGUUUUCUGCGCCAUUGUCUCCCACCCGGCCGAUACGGUCGUCUCCAAGCUGAAUCAGGAGAAGGGCUCCACCGCCGUCGACGUUGCCAAGAAGAUCGGCUUCGCCGGAUUGUGGAAGGGUCUCGGACCUAGGAUCAUCAUGAUCGGUACUCUCACCGCUGCCCAAUGGUUCAUCUACGAUUUCGUCAAAGUCGCCCUCGGCAUCCCAAGGCCACCACCACCCGAGAUGCCCGAGUCGCUCAAGAAGAAACUCAAGGAGAACUGAGCGAUGACUACACAAUCAAAUAAUAAAAAAACAAUUAGAACACGAUUAAUAUAAUUAAUUAGUUUUCAAAUUUAAAAAUUAUAUAAUGUACCGAGUUCUUAAUCAAUUAUUUAUAUUUAUUUAUCGAAUUUGAUGAUAAACCGGCAUUCCUUUCGACCUGUUUCCAUAAAAAAAUAAAAUUAAGCAAUGUAAUAAUCCCAGCUAGGCUUCUGCUGGUAUCCAGCACUUAGAGGGGCAAUUUUAUUGUUAAUCUCUAAAAGAGACUAGUUGAAAAUAAACACAUGAAGAAAAAUAAAA